ACCUAAUUUUAAUAUGUCAGUAUGAUUCCACACCUCAACAUAGAGAAAAAUAAAUAAACCCUUUUUGCUUAGAAACGUGUGUUGUUUUUGAUAAGUCAUGUACCUCCCACAUGUUGAAAACCCAGAACGGAAGACGAUUCUUACGUCUGUUAGAGGAAUUUCUGUGCAAGGGGAAUAUUCUAGAUCGACGAUAGAUUCGAUUUCUGAUGCUUUAAGGAAGAUUCUAGACCAUGAAAGCGAUAUUAAAAUACGCAGCAAGAAGCUAAUUGCUAAUCUCGACAUGUUGAAGCAUCUGACAAACAGCGCUGAUAUUCAUGUUCACUAUAUUGAUGAGGACUUCAAGAAGAUUCAGGCGGACAUAGGGGAUAUUUACGUGUCAAGUGAGGACGACUUAAGUCGAUCUGGGCACUCUCAAACAGAAAAAGAACAUAUUUGCGAAGCAGUUGCAAAACUGAAAGAGUCAGUGAUCGCUAAUGAAAUCUCAACCCUCGAUAAGAUUUUUUCAAAAGGCGUCCUCUUGAGCAAUGUUUACGCGACGAAUCUGAUUUGUAUCCCAAUUAUGAAUGUGACGAAAGAUCGAUGUUAUAUGGUAAUCGAACUUAAUCGCGAAAAUAACAAACCAUAUAGCCAGGUUGAUAUUAAAUUAGUCAAUUGUGCAGCGGAAUGGAUAGCACUUAGUAUAUCGCAGAAGGAAGGACAACGUCUUAACGAAGGAAACUUCACCCUUAAUAUGAAGUUGAGGAGUUAUGUGGAAAAUUAUUUUCUUGGGAGAAUUGAACAUAUUGAGUUCAUUUCAAAGGUCAUGUUGCUUACAAAAAACAUCAUUGGAAUUUCAAGAGUGUUCUUCUAUACCACCCACACACGAAUAAAUACAUACAAUUCUUAUGCUGACCUGUAUGAAGACGUGAUGACACCGACUGGAUUUAAAAUGGUCAAACAUCCACAACAAUUUAAACUUCAUAGAGAGAAGGGUUUGGCUUCUUAUGUAGUUAGAACCGGUUUGCCAAUAAAUUACACAUAUGCCGCUGAUAAUGCUAUCCGUUUGGAUGCAGAAAUUCAAAAAGUCUUUCAUUUUCCACUGAAGAACAGUUUGUGCAUGCCAGUGAAAUAUAAUAAUAAUGUGAUCGCCGUUAUACAAUUAUUAAAUAAGAAAGAUGACAAAGACUUCACUGAAUAUGAUGAGAUUAUACUGGAGAGGAUAUGCAUGUAUGUAUCGUUGGUCCAGCAUUUCGAAAAGAUCAAGGAAUUAUGCGAACUUGAGUAUGCCAGAUGCGAGAUAAUUGAAGAUCAGAUUGGAUACCAAUUGACAACACUCGCGACCGUUCCGCUUUAUAUUAAACUUACCGAAGCAGAUCUCCCAGAAGGAUUCAACGACUUUGCCUGGUAUCCUGAAAAGAAUGAGGAGAUGUUGGUACCGUGGUUUUUCUACAUGUUCAAGGCAACAUGCAGCGAUAUGAUAAGAGACGAAGAUGAUCUCUACGAGUUCAUCGUUAAUAUUAUGAAAUGCCACAGGGCCCUACCUUUUCGUAAUUUCUUGCACACUUUUGAUGCACUACAUCUUUUGUACUGCAUAGUUCAACGAGUGGGCGAAAGAUUGACGAAGCUAGAGACUUUUGCUCUGUUUUUGGGUGGAUGUUGCGAUGGCUUAAAUUCAGAGGGAUUUUCUUCACAAUAUUAUACUGUGAUUAAUCACCCAAUAAUACGAAUUUACGAUCCGCCUCAUUUUCGAAACUUUCAACUUUCUUUCUUAAAACGACUGUUGACUAUGAAUAAACUCCUUGACCACCUAAGCGAAGAUGACCGAAAUAAGUUAAUGAAAUUAUGUGGCGAUGCCGUGGUCAAUUUAAGCUCAUCACACGGAGGGAAUUCAUCUGUGAAACUAAAAAAGAUUUUGGAUGAGGGAAAAUUUGAUGACGAGAAUCCACAACAUCGAUCGUAUCAAUUAACACUAUUAAUGCGUUGUGCAUGUAAAGGUCGAGUAGCGAAACCAUUCCGUAUUGCUAAGCGACUCUGCGAAGAUAUCUAUCGAGAACUAUAUGCUCAGGGCGAUUACUUCAAAACAAUGAAACUAAUUCCGCCAACUUGGAUGGAUCGCCAGAAUGUCCUUAGUAUACCCGAAAAUGAAGUAGAAUACAUAAAAGUUAAAUGUUUGCCCAUCUACGAGCUCUUGAAAAGGAUGUUUCCAAGUACCGCGGAACUCUAUAAUUUAGUCAGAGAACUCCAAAAAGCUUGGAAGUUGAUGAUCGAACUUCGUUAUAAGAAGGCAUGGAAUCCAGACGAGAGUAUUGGGAAGGGACUAGAGGACACAACAAGAUGAAGUGGAACGACGCUGCCUUACUUCAGACGUUAUCAUUUGUUCUGAUUAAUAUGUGGACAAUCUAUUUAUCUGAUUUUGACUUUCAUUGCUUACUGAUGAAGUUUGAUUGAAAUUUGUUUUGAAGUAAUUCAAUUAUUUGGCUUUAGACAUUAAAAUUCGCCAAAAUUAAA